AAUAAUUCUUUAUAUGCUGUGCUUUUCAAAGCCAACAUGUCCUUGGCCCUUCAUUUUCCAUCUUUGCCUUUCUUCUGAAUCUCAUCUUUUGCAAAACUUCACCGAUUUCCAGCCGCCGGAAAAACAUGUCGGCUUCCCGUAACCAAGGAGGUUGUGGAUGUUGUGGCGGCAUUUUUAGUUUGGGGAUGUCGGCACUUUUCAUGUGGCUAUGGAUACAUACUUCAAACCCCAAAUGUUCCAUUCAAACUCUAUCCUUGCCUUCCCUUAGCAGCGCCUCGAACCUCACAGCUGACCCUACCUUAAGCCUCACGCUAAGGUUAGUCAACCCCAACCAGCUCAAAGGGAUCAAGUAUGAUCCUUUGAACGUCACGGUUUAUGACUUUCCAAACAAAAGUAAUGUCAUAGGUAACAUUUUGAUGCCAGGGUUUUACCAGGGUUACAGAAAGAAGGCUACAAAGCCUGGUCAAGGCACCGCUAACACCACGGUGGCUUUACGAGCGGUGUCGGAGAACGGAACAGGAGUUUUCCGGGUUGAUAUGGCGACGGCGGUGAAGUUUAAGACCUUGUAUGGUUAUUCGAAGAGGCAUCAGAUUAGGAUUGGAGCAGAUGUGGUGGUCAACGCUAGUGGUGUUAAGGUCGAUCGUAAAGGGAUCAGGCUUAGAUCUAUGGCACCCAAGAUGGGAAAUUCUUGUGUGGUGCUGCUUGGAGCUUUGUUCAAUUUCUUGCUCUUCGCUUUGCUUGAUUUAUGUAAAAGUUAUGCCAUUAAGGGUAGGAUGACUUUUUGCGCCAUAGAUGGCUAACCGAGAUGUCCAACGCAGAUGGACAUUAUCUAUGGUGUAAGAGCGUUUAUUUCGCAACUUAUAAGUGGGGUACUGAUGCAACUUAAACCUGAUUCAAGCAGAAGACGACUAAUUGUGAAGCAACUAUUAUUCAAAAUAAUUGUAUUAUUUCUUUAGAAUGUUUGUAUUUUUUUAUAUCUAUAAAUUUAAUGUAGUCGUUUAGGGUUUAAGGUUUCAUUUUAUAUUUUCGUAUUAAUUUCUUAGAAUAUUUGUAUUUUUUGUAUUUGUAAAUUUAAUUUAGUUCGUAUUAUAUGUAGUUUGAAUUUAAAAUUUUCGUAUUAAUUUUACCAAUCUGCUUGUAGUUUGUUGGGUGUUUAAA